AUGGUGUACGUCAGAGAACACAAACUGGAGAGCAGACAACUCCUGUUUAUGAUCAUUAUAGCAGCUUGGAGGGCAGGGAGCGGCCAGCUCCACUACUCAGUCCCCGAGGAGGCCAAACACGGCACCUUCGUGGGCCGCAUCGCGCAGGACCUGGGGCUGGAGCUGACGGAGCUGGUGCCGCGCCUGUUCCGGGUGGCGUCCAAGGGCCGCGGGGACCUUCUGGAGGUAAAUCUGCAGAAUGGCAUUUUGUUUGUGAAUGGUCGGAUCGACCGGGAGGAGCUGUGCGGGCGCAGCGCGGAGUGCAGCCUGCACCUGGAGGUGAUCGUGGACAGGCCGCUGCAGGUGUUCCACGUGGAGGUGGAGGUGAAGGACAUUAACGACAACGCGCCUGUGUUCCCCGCGACACAAAAGAAUCUGUUUAUCCCCGAAUCCAGGCUGCUUGACUCUCGGCUUCCACUAGAGGGCGCGUCGGAUGCAGACAUCGGAGCCAAUGCUCUGCUGACUUACAGACUGAGCCCCAGUGAAUAUUUCUCGCUGGACGUUCCACCCAACCACGAGCAGGUAAAACCUCUAGAGCUUGUCCUGCGCAAGCCUUUAGACAGGGAAGAAGCUCCGGAGCUCUACCUAUGGCUCACGGCCACGGACGGAGGCAAACCCGAGCUGACUGGCACAGUUCAGUUCCUCAUCACAGUACUGGAUGCCAAUGACAAUGCUCCGGUUUUCGACCGGACGCUGUACACAGCGAAGCUGCCAGAAAACGUUCCCAUCGGGACUAUGGUAACUCACCUGAAUGCCUCAGAUUUAGACGAAGGUGUGAAUGGGGAGAUCACAUACUCCUUCUCCAGCAAUGUUUCUCCAGAGAUAAAAUCCAAGUUUCACAUCGACUCUGUGAGUGGGGAAAUUACAGUGAUAGGGCUUAUUGAUUUUGAGGAAAGGAAAGUGUAUAACAUCCAAGUAGAGGCAUCAGAUAGGGGCCUGCCCCCUCUGGCUGGCCACUGUACAGUUCUGGUGCAAGUUGUGGACAUUAAUGACAACGCUCCACAGUUGACUCUUACUUCCCUGGCUCUCCCUAUUUCUGAGGACACGCAGCCAGGCACAGUGGUAACUUUGAUUAACGUGUUUGACAGAGAUUCUGGCAACAAUGGGCAGGUGACCUGCUCCCUAACACCUGACACACCGUUCACGUUGGUGUCCACCUUCAAAAACUAUUAUUCUCUGAUACUGGAGAGCACUCUGGACCGGGAAACAGAGUCGACUUAUGAGUUGGUGGUGACCGCGCGUGACAGGGGCUCGCCUCCGCUGUGGGCCACCGCCAGCGUGUCGGUGGAGGUGGCCGACGUGAACGACAACGCGCCCGUGUUCGCACAGGCCGAGUACGAGGGCGCGUGCGCGCCUGGGAAGCCUGUGCUGGUGUGCUCCAGCGCGGUGGGGAGCUGGUCCUACUCUCAGCAGAGGAGGCAGAGGGUGUGCUCUGGGGAGGGCCCGCCCAAGACCGACCUCAUGGCCUUCAGUCCCAGCCUUCCUCAUGGUCCCACCUCUGCAGACAACGCAGGGAGCGGCCAGCUCCAUUACUCGGUCCGAGAGGAGGCCAAACACGGCACCUUCGUGGGCCGCAUCGCGCAGGACCUGGGGCUGGAGCUGACGGAGCUGGUGCCGCGCCUGUUCCGGGUGGCGUCCAAGGGCCGCGGGGACCUUCUGGAGAAGAAUCCUUCCCCCUUCCCCUGGGAAGCAGGCUCCAUUCUUUUUCACUCUGUAACAAACAAUGGCGAACCUAGGAGAGUGAAGCUGAGACAAGAAGAUGAUUUCUCCGAGUUUCGAGGUAAUAUACACCAGUUAAAAAAAGAUCUUGCACUUGAAAUGGUGUUCUCAGGCGGAACCAACCUAGAGAGCGUGAAUCUACUAUUUUCACUUCUGCUCUUCACAUUAUGGGAAGCCGGGAGCGGCCAGCUCCAUUACUCAGUCCCAGAGGAGGCCAAACACGGCACCUUUGUGGGUCGCAUCGCGCAGGACUUGGGGCUGGAGCUGACGGAGCUGGUGCCGCGCCUGUUCCAGUUAGAUACCAAGGGCGGCGGGGACCUUCUGGAGGUAAAUCUGCAGAAUGGCAUUUUGUUUGUGAAUGGUCGGAUCGACCGGGAGGAGCUGUGCGGGCGCAGCGCGGAGUGCAGCCUGCACCUGGAGGUGAUCGUGGACAGGCCGCUGCAGGUGUUCCACGUGGAGGUGGAGGUGAAGGACAUUAAUGACAACCCGCCUGUGUUUCCGGUAAAUGUGCAGAAGCUGUUUAUUUCAGAAUCCAGAACGCUAGACUCUCGAUUUUUGCUAGAGGGCGCAUCAGAUGCAGAUUUUGGAGCAAAUUCAGUUUUAACCUAUGUGCUUGACUCUAAUGAUUACUUCACGCUAAGUGUGAAUUCAAAGAACAAAGAAAAUAAACAAGUUGAACUCGUGUUAAGAAAAUCUUUGGACAGAGAGGAGGCUCCUGAACACAGCCUACUCCUGAUGGCCACCGAUGGAGGGAAACCCGAGCUCACUGGCUCUCUCCAACUGCUGGUCACCGUGCUGGAUGUGAAUGACAAUGCUCCCAGUUUUGAACAGUCGGAAUAUGAGGUGAGAAUUUUCGAAAACGCAGACAAUGGAACAAUGGUUAUCAGAGUGAAUGCUUCUGAUCGUGAUGAAGGAACCAAUGGGGCAAUUUCAUAUUCCGAGGGCGCGUGCGCGCCUGGGAAGCCUGUGCUGGUGUGCUCCAGCGCGGUGGGGAGUUUGACUUACUCCCAGCAGAGGAGGCAGAGGGUGUGCUCAGCAGUGGGCCCGCCCAAGACCGACCUCAUGGCCUUCAGCCCCAGCCUUCCACCCUGUCCUGGAUCUGCAGAUGGGGUGGGAGAGCCAUCUACGUUUUUGGACUCCUCUGGGAAGGGCAUUGUAAAACAUGAGCACAAGAAGAUUCAGGAAGUUGGGACUGAAUAA